CUGAGUGCUUGCUCUCUCACAGUGUGUGUGUGCGUGUGUGUGUGUGUGUGUGUUGUCAUUAUUAUCCACUCUGCUCCCAGCUCAGAAUGGCCAGAUUCACUCAGACUGAAACAAGAAGGCAGCAUCAUCCACAGCAGCCCCAGCCCGCUCACUCCAGCCUGGUUUUCACCGGACCGGGGGCACCACCGACCCAACAACCACUACUACUUAUCCCACAUCAGCACCAGUACCCUCAGAUCACAUUCCCGAAACCCAUGAACGGGUCAGAACCCAUUUCAAUUCAUCCGGAGAGCGGCAACAUGAAAGACCAAGAUGCCAUUAAGCUGUUUAUCGGGCAGAUACCGCGGAACUUGGAGGAAAAAGACCUGAAACCCCUGUUUGAACAGUUUGGGAAAAUCCACGAACUGACAGUUCUCAAGGACCGAUACACCGGCAUGCACAAAGGUUGUGCGUUCCUCACCUACUGCGCCCGAGAGUCGGCCAUCAAGGCCCAGAACGCCCUCCACGAACAGAAAACACUGCCAGGGAUGACUCGCCCCAUCCAGGUGAAACCGGCUGACAGCGAGAGUCGUGGAGAAGACAGGAAGUUGUUUGUGGGGAUGCUGAACAAACAACAGACCGAGGAGGAUGUUUACCGCCUCUUCGAACCCUAUGGAGUCAUCGAGGAGUGCACGGUUCUAAGAGGUCCCGACGGAAACAGCAAAGGUUGCGCCUUCGUUAAGUUCUCCACACAUACUGAGGCUCAGUCUGCAAUCAGUGCCCUCCACGGCAGCCAGACCAUGCCAGGAGCUUCCUCCAGCUUGGUGGUCAAGUUUGCCGACACAGACAAGGAGCGCACCAUCAGACGUAUGCAGCAGAUGGUCGGGCAGUUUGGCAUCUUUAACCCAGCCAUCGCCCUUCCCUUCAGCACCUACAGCUCUUACGCACAUGCGCUCAUGCAGCAGCAGGCAGCCAUCAUGGCAGCAAGCCACGGAGGUUACCUCACGCCCAGCGUGGCUUUCCCCGCCACGCAGAUCCACCAGAUGGGGGCGCUCAACAUCAACAGCCUCCCACCCACCCCCAUGACCCCGGUGUCGGGCCUCAGUUCUCCACCAGCCAACAUCACCACCUCCGCCGUGCCCAGCAUCGUCACGCCCAUCGUCAACGGAUUCACCGGCAUCCCCCAUCAGCCCAACGGACACCCCGCCGUGGAGACGGUGUACACCAACGGCCUGCCGCCCUACUCCACCCAGAGCCCCACCGCUGCUGACACCCUCCAGCAAGCCUUCACCGGUGUACAGCAAUACACAGCGAUCUACCCAGCCACCACGCUGACUCCCAUUGGCCAAACACUGCCCCAACCACCCCAGGUCAUCCAGCAGCAGCAGCAGAGAGAAGGUCCGGAGGGUUGCAACCUGUUCAUCUACCACCUGCCACAGGAGUUCGGAGACAAUGAACUCAUGCAGAUGUUUUUGCCCUUCGGCACCGUCAUCUCCUCUAAGGUUUUCAUGGACCGGGCGACCAACCAGAGCAAGUGCUUUGGUUUCGUGAGCUUCGACAACCCGGCUAGUGCACAGGCAGCUAUUCAAGCCAUGAAUGGCUUUCAGAUUGGGAUGAAGAGGUUGAAAGUCCAGCUAAAGAGACCGAAGGAUGCCAGCCGCCCUUACUGA